UAUGUCGUAUUCAUUAAUGUAGUUUUGCGUAGGUACUUGUAUGACCAGUACUUAUUUUGUUGUGGGUAUAUAAAAGCUCGAAGCAUAUUAAUUAAAACUAAUGAAACACUGAAGAGUUCAGAUCAGAUUUUAAAAAAAAUGUUUUUGUUGUUAAUGUUUUGUGCGCUCUCUAAAAUAUCUCCAGGAGCAUGCGAUAACUGUGUAACACCAAAAAACGAGAAUGGUACAUGUAUUCCAAUUAAACUGUGUCCGCCAUUAAUGCAGAUUUUGCUAUCAGCACAGUAUCGUUACACACCACAGUUGGCCGAACUUCGAAAAUACACUUGUGGAUUUUCCUAUAAAGUACCGUUAGUUUGUUGUCCCAUUUCUGUAAACCAGUCCCAGCCAUUGAUACCAACAUCGACGACUACAUCGACUACAAUAGCUCCAAGAAUUACAACAAGAUCAAAUUUACCAACAGAAUGUGGAACAUCCGCAAGUCAACAAACGUUACCAAGAAUUAUCGGUGGUUAUGACAUUAAAAAAGGACAAUUCCCAUGGAUGGUUGCACUAGGAUAUGAAAAUUCAACAGCCAAUGAAAUUCAAUGGUCUUGUGGGGGUACUAUUAUUACGAAGAGACACGUGCUUACAGCUGCGCAUUGCGUAUUUAAUCAACCAGAAUUAAAAUACAUUCGAAUUGGUGUAUCAGAUAUAAAAAAAGAUUGGGAUUAUUGGGAAGGUGAAAUACUUGAAUCGUAUGUGCAUGAAAAUUUUCGAUCUGGAUUAUACAAACAUGAUAUUGCAAUAUUAAAAAUUGACUUUGAUAUGGAUAAUUUAGGUCCAUUAGUGGGUCCUGUAUGUUUACCAACAGAUCCAAAAUGGAAAAAUCAAUCAUUUGUACGAUACUAUCCAAUUGUAUCUGGUUGGGGUGUUACGAAACUUGGCUCUACAGAAUCAAGUGAAAUUCUACAAGGACUACAAAUUCCUAUAAUCUCAAAUUCAAUUUGUGAACUCAAAUAUAAUGGGACUAUUAACUUUGAUCGAACCUUAUUAUGUGCUGGAUACCAAAAAGGAUUAAAGGAUUCGUGUUCAGGAGAUUCAGGUGGACCGUUAUUAUUACCACAAUUAGAUGCUGACAGUAAUGAAACAAUAUUCUAUCAAAUUGGAAUCGUUUCGUCUGGAUUUAAUUGUGCUGAUCCUAAACAUCCAGGAAUUUAUUUAAGAGUUUCCGAGUAUAUUGAAUGGAUUGAAUCGAAAUUGAUUUUCGAUAACUAACGACACUAAAGUAAUUAUUUCAUUAGCAUUCUAAUAAUCAUUGGGAAUUUUAUUUCGACUUGACGAAUUCAUUCUCUAAAAAUUUGCGACUUAUUUAAAAUUUGUUUAUUUUAUCAAAUAAGAAA